AUGGCGGACGACGUCGACUCCAUCGUCAAGGGCACGGCGGCCCCGCCGACCGAGAACCUGGCCAAGGAGGUCGGCGGCACCAGCGGCGUCACCCCGUCCUCUGGCGCCAAGGCGGACCCCUUGAGCCACAUCCCCAGCUCCCCGUCCAUGAUCUACCUCAACCUCCUGAUCCUCGAGGCGUCCCUCCGCGCCCAGUACCUCGAGCUGCGCGCCCGCCGCCGCCACCACACCUUCUUCCUGACCCUGCUGUCCCUCUGGGUCGUCGGCUUUGGUUAUGCGCUCUUCCUCGCGCCCAGGGAGGACGGCCGCGGCGUCGGCGGCUCUGUGUACUGGGUCGUCGAGGUCACCGAGAAGGUCUGCUUCAUGGGCGGCAUCAUCACCGCCAUCCUCGUCUGGGGCACCGGCAUAUGGGAGCGGGGCGUGCGCUGGCCGCGGAGGUGGUUUGGUAUCUCCAAUAGAGGGCUGCGGGGCUUCAAUUGCAAGCUCGUCAUCAUCAAGCGGCCGUGGUACGUCGAGACGCUCGCCACGAUCGUCUUCUUCCUCACGUACGGGCUCUUUUCUAAUACGGCGGGCUCGUCGUACCGAUAUGUCGAGCCGGCGAUUCUGCGGGAGGUGGACAAAGAGUUGAAGCUCUCGAGUCACGGGCACCAGCCACUGCCCAUUGUGAGUGAAGACGAGGAACGUGGAGGACACGAGGAAGAUCUUGCUCCGGGUGGUGAUCAUGUCAAGCUGCUGCUGUUGGCCAAGCCGUUCUCCCCGACGUUUAGGGAGAACUGGGAGCUAUACAGGACCGAGUACUGGGAACGGGAGAACGAACGACGGGCUUUGAUACGGGCGAAGAUCCAGGAGCGCGAUCGCCGCCUGCAAAAGGAGACCGGCGGAUGGUUCUGGUGGCUGCCGUGGCGGAAGGCUACGGUCGUUGUCGUCGACAAACCACACCCAGUUGUAGAAAAGCCCCAUGGCCAUCAUCCACGCCACAGUCUAGUCGAGAAGGAACAUCGCCGCUCUCGUAGCAACAGCGUGCGCAGAGGAAGCAUAUCGACCACAGGUUCGAGAAGCCCGACGCCAGGACUGGAAGUCGACGAGGCAGGUGUUCUCACACGCAAGGCGAGCACCUCAUCAAAUGCUUCAGAUAAAAGGAAGAAGAAGCUGGUGCCUGGUGUGAAGCCCAAGCGCCCUGGUGUGGACUCUCGGUCUGUCACACCGGAGUUCCCAUCUCCUUUGGCUAAAGAAAGCAGCUUCAGCAGUGUUGGGUCUUCUGCGUCGGCAUUGGAGGGUGGACGAAGAGCCCAGUCACCGUCGGCCUAA